CGUGUAGUUUAAUUACAUAGCGAUUGUAUCUUACAAUGUGUAUACUCCAAGUCACACAGUGCUUUGUUUAAAAAAAAACAUGGCGCCACAACCAAGCUUACCGAAUCUAAUUGCUCAUAUAAUAGAUUUGCCCAACCCCGACUUGCAACUGAUAACGAACUGUUGUUUUGCACCGAAAUGCAUCACCAUGUCAGUCGUGAACACUAUGCACGACGCAUUCACCCUUUCAAGAUGGUGAAGAUAUUUGUGGGCAACCUGCCCCAGGAGGCAACCGAGGAUGAAAUCAAGGCCCUCUUCACUGAGUAUGGCACAGUGACUGAAUGUUCCAUCAUCAAAAACUUCGCCUUCGUCCACAUGGAUGACCGCAAGGCCGCGGUGAAAGCUAUCAAGAAUCUGCACUUCCAUAAGCUCCACGGUUCAGCCAUCAACGUGGAGGCCAGUCACGGGAAGAACUACGGCGCAGUUAAGCUCCAUGUGGCCAACGUGGAGCGGGGAACGGACGACGACCUGCGUGCGCUGUUUGAAGAGUAUGGGAGGGUCACCGAGUGUGCAGUCAUCAAGAAUUUUGCUUUCGUGCACAUGGCCAACUCCGAUGAAGCCAUGGAUGCCAUUCAGGGGAUUGACAACACCGAGUUUCAUGGCAAACGUAUCCAUGUGCAGAUUUCCAAAACCAGGCCCAGAGGUGAGCAGGAGGACUAUCCUCCCCCGCCCCCAGACGGUGGUGGCUUUUGGCCUCCCCCUCAUUACCCAGGAGACGGGCCUGAGCCCCCCCCACCAGGCUACAUGAGAGGUCGCCCCCACAUGCCCCCAGGUUACCCUGCCCCACCGCUGCCGCCACCUCCUCCCAGGCGAGCCGCCUACCCCGAGCGCCCCUAUGAGGACGAGCGGGGCAGUUACGGCGUGGUAGAUUACUACGAAAAGUACAGAGCCCGUCCGUAUGGCUACGAGGCCCAACGCCCGGGUGGCCCGCCUCCGCCGCCGCCGCCACCACCUCCACCUCCUCCCAGCGUUGCGCGAGACCGUCUCAUGAACCCGCCGCUUGACCCGUAUGAGCGUCGACCCCCGCCGCCUCCUCCCCCUCCUCCGUCGGCGUAUUAUGCCCGAGACCGCAGCCCCCACCGAAGACCGCCAAACGGGGCCAUUCCUCCCGCCGGUAACGGCUACUCCUACGAACGUUCUCGUAUCCCUCCUGUUUCCCGAGUCCCACCGUACGGAAUUCUUCGGCCCAGGGACCCCUACGCAGAGCGACUGCCCCCCCCGCCACCGCCGCCGCCUGCUCGCUACCCUUAUUAAGCGAUGUGGCGCCGUUUGAAGUUGAGGAUCGUCGCUCGUCUAUGUUGCCGCUCGCCAUCAUCGGAUGUUUGUGACGCUAUCCACUUCCUGUCUGCGACGCAGCGCGUUAUUGUUCCCCUGCAAAGCUCUCAGGAGGAACUGAAAUGGCGACGUCCACGUCUUUUCUUGUUUUUUUUAUUAUAAUUUUGGUCCAGUUUUUACAGACCCUUACCUUUCUCCCUUUUUGAUUGUGAUUGUGAUGUAGGACUUUUAAAGCGUUAACUCUUUUCAUUACGGUAUUUUUUGUGACGUUAGAUAGCAGCCGGUCUUAGCCGAACUGUUACUGUACAUAUCUAAACGUGUUGAUGUUUAAAGUAGUGCUGCACGAUUCUUCCAGCUUGUCGAACGCUCUCAUCCAAUGAGCUGUGAAGAUUUAACUAACUUAAACGUUUCACCGUCUGAGGACACAAGAGCGCUCGCUUGUCUGUUUACCUUGUCUUCAAAUGAUAUAUUUGUGUCGUCUUGUGUAGUCUAAAUAAACCCAACGGGGAAGAAACACCAACAAGUGUGGCCCCUUUUAAAAAUACAAAAAAAACAUGACUUUUCUUUCUCCGAGCCGCGUUGUCUUAAAAGUGACGUACAAAACGUAUUGAGAAUUAAAAUCCCCCCCUUCAGGCUUUAUCGAAAUUGUCUGAGGCUCGCCGCACUUGAUUUAACAUGUACAUAACUGACAUUCAUGCAGAGGCUCAGGCCUGCAGUCGGGGCAGGGGUGGCAUCCAGAGGCGGAAGACCCUCAGAAACAGGUAAGUCAAAUCUCAAUUGUGUUUUGAUCAAGUCACUUCAAUGAUUUGGAGGAACGUGACAAUUCACAUGGAAUGGCUCCCUUUUAAAAGUGCGUGUGUGUGUGUGUGUGUGUGUGUGUGUGUGUGUGUGUGUAUUAUAUACUCACUGGAUUUGGUGCUGAUUGUGUCUGAGAAAUGUUGCAUUAACAACCUUGUAUUCUUACCUGCAUUAAUAAAGAA